AUGCCGGAGGGCGGGUGGCCCGACACCGACGACGAGUUCGGGUGCGGCGGGUGCGCCCUGCGGCGCAUGGCCGCGGCGCGGCGCGGCGGAGCCGCGCCACUGCGGCGCGCGGCCGACUCGGCGGGACCAUUUGCCGCAGGGACGGCGUCGUACGUCCAGGGCGGAGCACGGGGGCACCACGCCGAUGUGGGCGGCGACGGGGCUGUGACGACGCUGAUGAUCCGGAACAUCCCCAGCCGCUUGUCGCAGCAGGACGUCGUGUCGUUGCUCGAUUCCAGCGGCUACGCUGGCAAGUACGACUUCCUGCACGUGCCUUGCGAUUUCGACACCCGCCUGAACAAAGGCCACGCUUUCGUGAACUUCGACGAGCCCGGGAUCGCGAACGCGCUCGCCGCGGCCUGGCACGGCCAGCACAUUUUCGAUUCCGAGGCUGGCCAGCACCCCCUGAACGUCGCGCCGAGCCUCGUGCAGGGGCUCGAGGCCAACAUGAAGAAGUGGGGUUGGUCUCGCUACCGCCGGGUGCGCACCUCGGGCUUCCGCCCCUUCAUCCGGGGCACGGACGCGACCGAGCAGUGA